CACUAUUCGCCGCUUGUUCACAACGUAUGUAGAUUUUCUAAAAUUUUAUAUAUUUCAUAAAUUAAAGUUUAAAUAAAAUUUAAAAUGUCUGAAACUAGUUCCAAGGACAAUGUCAAAACUGCUAUGACAUAUAUUUGUGGGGAAUGCCAUCACGAAAACGAGAUGCGACCACGAGAUCCGAUUCGUUGCCGUGAAUGUGGUUACCGCAUCAUGUACAAGAAGCGCACCAAGCGUCUCGUUGUCUUUGAUGCCCGAUGAAGUCCUUUUAUGAUAUCCUUCUGAACUACACUUUUAAGGCAUUAGUUUGUAGUCAAUUUCUUCAAUAAAAAUAUAAUGUUUUAAAAUGUAAA